CUCUAACAUCGAAGAUAGUUUCUUCCAACUUCAACGCUUGGCGGAUUAAAUUCAGUGUAGGCCUACUGGUAUUACAUGUAUGUUGAUGUUAUUAAUCGGUAAAUGAUGUUAAUAUCAAAAUGGCAUUAACACAAAAACUGAAACGGAUACAAGAACAAGUGACAGAGCUCUUAUCUCGAGUAUCCAAAGAUUCAAAGAGUAACCAUGACAACAGAGCAUGUAAGUCAGCAGAUGGAGCAAUCGAUAGUAUUGGUCAGGUACGAGAUGUUAUCGAACGCCUCGAGUUGCUAGAUUAUCAAAAUAACAUAAAUAAACCAGAUAGCGCUGACAAAUCACAAUAUCUCAGUGAUUUUUAUUCCGAUUCGGAUGACGAAAGUAUCUUAAAAAAUCCAGUGACUACAAAAACAGACAGAGAUGAAAAGUGUGUUAAUAAUGACGAUUCGGAAUUAAUAUCUCCAGAAAACAAAAGUAGAGUCGAUAUUUUGAAUGGUGUGAACACAAAGACAGAAGAGAAUGUUAAGGAAUCAUUACGUGACAGGACGUCUACUGGUGACUGUGAUAGAAUAAAGGGUGUUGAUGUUUAUCCUAGUGUAGUAAAGAGAGUUGAAGUAAAUAAUAGUGGUAGGAUCACAGAUGACCAAUACAAUGAGGAUGCUUCCACAGAUGACGAAACAUCAUAUGAUGAUGAAGUAAAAGUAGAAAAGACUGUGGAGGUUGUUGAUGUUAAUGGAUUAGAGGAUGAAUUUGAAGAUGAGUUUGGUGAUGAUUUUGAUGAAGAUGCUAUCAAUAUGAUUGACGAGGCAGAGAAAAGUAUCAUGGAUGACAAUGUUGUUGUUGAUGAAAACGAAGAUGAAGAUGCCAGUAACCAACCAACAGAACCAAAAUAUCUGGAAGUUCUUAAACAGUAUUUUGGUUAUUCUAAAUUCAGACCAAUGCAGUGGAAGAUAAUUAAUUCUGUGCUGAACGAGAAGAAAGAUAAUUGUGUGAUAAUGGCUACUGGCCAUGGUAAAAGUUUAUGUUAUCAGUAUCCAUCAGUAUAUACAGGAAAGACAACGGUAGUUAUCUCCCCCUUGAUAUCACUGAUGGAAGAUCAAGUACUGGGUCUCAAAGCGGCCAAUAUACCUGCUUGUCUGCUUGGAUCAGCUCAAGAAAACACGGCAGUAGUAAAAGCAGAAUUAAUGAGGGGUCAGUUCAGAUUGUUGUAUAUUACACCAGAAUUCGCUGGUGCUGCUACAGGUGUUCUCACAGAUCUUCAGAAUAAAAUAGGUAUAGAUUUGAUAGCUAUAGAUGAAGCACAUUGUGUAUCACAGUGGGGACAUGACUUCAGGGCAGCUUAUAGAUCUCUAGGCAAUUUGAAGAAUUUAUUUCCAAUGGUACCUAUUGUAGCGUUAACUGCAACAGCUACUGUAGAAGUUAGAAGUGAUAUUUGUCGUUCUUUAAACCUUAAAAAACCAACAAUUACAUGUACUGGAUUUGAUAGACCGAAUCUAUUUCUGUCUGUAAAUAAUAAAUCCGAUAUUAUGUGUGAUUUACGAUCUCAGCUGGAUGUUGUUAAUAAAAUACCCAGUUUUAACGGACCUACCAUUAUAUACUGUCCUACCAAAAAAGCCACAAUGGAAGUUACAGCCGUUUUACAAGCAAUGAAAGUAGCGUGUUUACCAUAUCACGCUGGUCUGUCAUUACAAGCUAGAAAACAUGCUCAUCAUCAAUUUGUUAACGAUCAGAUACAGGUGGUUGUAGCUACUGUAGCGUUUGGUAUGGGUAUAGAUAAACCAGAUGUUAGAAAAGUUAUACAUUAUGGAGCUCCAAAAGAUAUAGAAUCGUAUUAUCAGGAGAUAGGUAGAGCUGGUCGAGAUGGUUUUCCAAGUACCUGUCAAGUCUUCUAUUCACAUGGGGAUUUUAAUGUAGCAAGACAUUUUAUAAAUGAGAUUAGUAGUAAGAAAUUCCAGGAACAUAAAACAGAAAUGAUGUUGAAGAUGCAGCAAUAUCUGGGUACAGCUGGUUGUAGACGGAGAAUAUUGUUGGCUCAUUUUGAAGGUAAGAAGUUAGAAGAUAUCGGUGGUACCGAAAACUGCUGUGAUAAUUGUAAAAACAAGAUUAAACAGAGUCGUUAUAACAACUGGUCUGGUAAACAAAUAUCGACUGAUGAACCGGUUGAUUAUAGUAAAGAGGCAGCACAUCUUUUUAACGCUAUCCAGACCCUGUAUCCCAAGUUUGGUCUAACUACCUACGUACAGUUUCUCUGUGGUUCACAAAAUCAGAAAGUUGGUAAAUUCUAUAAUCAUACCGGAUUUGGCAAGGGAAAGUAUAGAAGUUUAAAAUGGUGGAAAGCUUUUGGAAAGUGUUUAUUAUGUGAGGGUUAUCUAAAGGAGAAGGCUAUUGAAGGUGGUUUUGGUUUUACCCUAGAGAUGUCUAACAAGGCCUAUGAUUGGUUGAAAUCAAGCACGAAAUCAGCGUUAAAAAUUCAACCUAAUCGUGAUUUAUUAGCGGAAGAGAAAGAUAAAACUUCUGUCUGUAAACCAGUUAUAUCUGUUUCAUUAAAUCCAACAAUAUCAACAGCUAUAAAGAAGGAUGACUGGACGAGCCAGUCUGUUACUACGGCAACUGUUGCUACAUCAUCUGUUGUCAAGGCAACACCAGCUCCUGUUGUACCUGCUGUUGAUGAAAGAACUAUGAAACUACAGAAUGAUUUAUAUCUGAAGUUGAUAAAAGAAAGAAAUGAAAUCUCCCAGGAGACUGGUUUCACCCCACAUAAUAUUGCUAGUAAUAAAGUUCUGAUAGACUUUGCUAGAAUCAGGCCAAGUAAUAAAGCUAGUCUGUUACGAAUAGAAGAUUUCCCAGAAGCUAAAGUAAAGAAAUUUGGAGAAACAUUUUUGAAAUUGUUGUCAAGUUUUUGUGAGGAACAUGAAUUAAAGAUGGAUGAAUUUCCUGAUGUGAGUCUUGAUAAGAUUAAAUUGUGCUCCGAUUCAGGAUUAAAUGAAAGUCAGUUACAGUCUAAACUUGGUGAAUUAACAGAAACACAGAGAAAUUCUUUUAUGAUGUUUCAUCAACAUCACAAAUCUGUGGAAGAGAUUGCAUCAUUAAGAGGUUUUAAAACAUCAACCAUAAUAUCUCACCUGAGUGAUUGUUUAAAGAUUGGUUUACCUGUAGAAAUAGAUAAACUAGGUGUUACAUCGAGUAUACUCCAACUCGUUACUAAAACUAUACGAGAACCACCUAUAAAUUCUGUGAUAUCCAGUAUUUCUAAAAUAAAAGACGUUUUACCCGACCAUAUACAAUAUAACCAUAUAAAGGUUGUUAUAUCUCACAUGACCAAACAAUAUGGACAGUUUGUCAACGAUUCAGGGGACUUAACUCUAUGUCCUGCCCUGACUAGUCCUCCUACAUCAGAUAGACAGAGUGUUGUUACCAUUGAUGCUGUUAAAGGUGAAUCAAGUCAAAGUGAAUUUGAGGGAUCACACACCUUACAGAAAUCACAAUCAUUCGAUUCAUCUACACAAUCCUCAAAACGUAAAUUACCUGCCUGGAUGUCUGCCCCAAAACCUCUCAGUAAAAAAAUGAAAUCUAACAGUUUGUUUCGAUGAUGAUUUACAUUGAGCAGGAAGAGAAGUACUGAUAUACUGUUAUAGGGUUAAAGUUGUUAGAUGUUGUCUGUAUAUCAGUCAUUGUUAAACAGGAAGCAAGUUGACUACCAGGGGAGGAAUCUUAGUAUGGAGUGGAAUUCUAUACAUGUAAAGAGUAGUGUACCUGUAUAUUGUAUGGAGUGGAAUUCUAUAGUGUACCUGUAUAUUGUAUGCAGGCAUAUUCUAUAGUGUACGUGUAUAUUGUAUGGAGAGGAAUUCUAUACAUAGGUAACUGUGUGUGUGUGUAUAAAUAGCAUUAUACACAACUAUAAAGCUUAUCAUAAAUUAAAUCAAAUAGAAAGUAUAAGAAAUGAUGAUUUUAUUAUUUCAUUUGAUUAAAAUCAAUCUCAGUAAUUAUCACUGUAAAUAUUUAAUAGUGGUGAAAAAAAUUACUAAAUGGCAAAUCAAAACGGGGGAGAAUUGAGAGGAAAACUUGGAUUAUUAAAGGAACUGGUGUUAUAAUGAUGACAGACAUAGAGACAGGGUUCCCGCGGUCCUUGAAAAUCCUUGAAUAUCCUUAAAUUUAAAAUUUCAUUUUCAAGGUCUUGAAUAUCCUUGAAUUUCGCGGAAAUAGGAAAAUAUCCUUGAAUUUCAGUUGAGAUCCUUAAUUUUGUUUCAAAUGUCUUCAAUUCCUUUUAAAUAUAAGAUUAUAACAAUAGUUGGUAAUGUUUCGGUUAUUUUUAAGAUGAAAAAUUGUAACUUUAGGCUAAAAAAUGUCCUUGAAAAUCCUUGAAUUUGACGUAUAUUUAUCCUUGAAUAUCCUUGAAAAAAUGUUUGACGAAGCCGCGGGAACCCUGAGAGAAACCUGUAAUUGUAAGAAAAGGAGUGGUUUAAAUCUAUUAUUCUACCAGGAACUACUGUGAUAAUCAGUAUUAUAUUAAUGGUGCUAAUACUACCCUAUAUUCUCCUGACUCUUAAUAUUAUUCUACCAGGAACUACUGUGAUAAUCAGUAUUAUAUUAAUGGUGCUAAUAUUACUCUUUUAAUUGUUGGAGUAUUAAUUUAUUAAGGAUUAAAAAUCUGGAUACAUUUCAAUCUAAAUUAUGUUUUCAUCCAAAGCCAAAGGUAGGUUAUUAAAAGACAAUGUUAAAGGGUUCUUGACCAUGAUUAUUUUUUAGGAAACCAAUUUGAUAGACAUAUAUAUUGGAUAAUAUCUGUUAUUGGUGUGAAUGGAGGCAGUGUAUAUUGUAUCAUCCUUUUAAGGGAAUAUUAAUGUGUAUUGGUAUUAUCAGCCUUGAAGGGAAUAUUGGGAAUGUAUAUUGAUAUUGUCAUCCUUGAAGGGAAUAUUGGGAAUGAUAUUGUCAUCCUUGAUUAUGUGUAUUGGGAUAGAUUCUAUUAGUUAACUGUAAUUAUGGUGCUUAAAAAAAGAAAUCAAAAUAAAGUCUGAAAAAAUGUU